AUGGCCGAGAAGAACCAACAGGUUUAUCCUUUGGCACCAGCAAAUGGUUACACAAGAAGUGAUGCCGAGUCUUUGGAAUCCGCUAAUGAGAUGAAACGCAAGAAGAGAAUCAAACUGGCCAUUUAUAUUGGUAUUUUCAUUGUGUUUCAGAUCAUGGUUAUAACCGCGAUAAGUCUCACUAUUAUGAAAGUUAAAACCCCAAAGGUCCGGCUAGGCAACAUCAAUGUGCAAGACCUCAACUCCGUCCCAGCAACACCUUCAUUCAACACUAAAUUCACAGCACAAAUCAGAGUCAAAAACACAAAUUUUGGUCCAUACAAGUAUGAUGCAGGCAUUGUCACGUUUUUGUACCAAGGUGCGACUGUCGGGCAAGUUUCUAUUCCCAAGAGCAAGGCUGGAAUGCUUUCCACCAAAAAAAUCAAUGUCGAGGUGAGCUUGAGUUCAAGUGCAUUGAGCGGUACAAACCUUGGCAGUGAAAUGAGCAACGGGGUGUUGACUCUCAACAGCGCGGCUAAGUUGACGGGAAAAGUUGAAUUGAUGUUUAUAAUGAAGAAGAAGAAGUCUUCCACCAUGGACUGCACCAUGGCAUUUGAUUUGUCAUCGAAGACGCUCAAAAGUUUGCAAUGCAAGUGA